GCAGGAGAAGAAGACGCGUGUGUUGUUCCUGUCGCGGUGUGUCUUCAGUUUCUCAUCGCACCGCAGUGUUAGCACAUUUCAAUAAUGUCUAUCGAAAUAGAGUCAGCGGACGUGAUCCGUCUGAUCAUGCAGUACCUGAAGGAAAACAGCUUGCAUCGGACAUUAGCAACACUCCAGGAGGAGACAACGGUGUCCCUUAACACUGUGGACAGUAUUGAGAGUUUUGUAGCAGAAAUAAACAGCGGUCAUUGGGACACUGUACUUCAAGCUAUACAGUCCCUCAAACUCCCAGACAAGACCCUAAUCGACCUUUACGAACAGGUUGUUCUUGAGCUGAUUGAACUGAGAGAGUUGGGAGCUGCCAGGUCUUUGUUGAGACAGACAGAUCCCAUGAUCAUGCUGAAACAAACCCAACCUGAGCGAUACAUCCAUCUGGAGAAUCUUCUGGCUCGCUCGUACUUUGACCCCAGAGAGGCAUACCCUGAUGGUAGCAGUAAGGAGAAGCGCAGAGCAGCCAUUGCUCAGGCUCUGGCCGGUGAGGUCAGCGUGGUGCCGCCCUCACGUCUGAUGGCUCUGCUCGGACAGUCUCUAAAGUGGCAGCAGCACCAGGGUCUCCUGCCUCCUGGUAUGACCAUCGACUUGUUCAGAGGUAAAGCAGCCGUGAAGGACGUAGAGGAGGAAAAGUUCCCUACGCAGCUCACCAGACAUAUCAAGUUCGGUCAGAAGUCUCACGUGGAGUGCUCGCGCUUCUCUCCUGACGGUCAGUAUCUGGUCACAGGAUCUGUGGAUGGAUUCAUCGAGGUGUGGAAUUUCACCACCGGAAAGAUCAGAAAGGAUCUGAAGUAUCAGUCUCAGGAUAACUUCAUGAUUAUGGACGAUGCCGUGCUCUGCAUGUCUUUCAGUCGAGAUACUGAGAUGUUGGCCACGGGAGCUCAGGAUGGAAAAAUUAAGGUGUGGAAGAUCCAGAGCGGCCAGUGUCUGCGUCGCUAUGAGCGCGCUCACAGUAAAGGUGUCACCUGUCUCAGCUUCAGUAAGGACAGCACACAGAUACUAUCUGCUUCCUUUGACCAGACCAUCAGGAUUCACGGGCUGAAAUCAGGCAAGUGUUUGAAAGAGUUUAGAGGUCAUUCUUCAUUCGUAAACGAAGCCACGCUUACUCCUGACGGACAUCACGUCAUCAGCGCCUCUUCUGAUGGAACCGUGAAGGUAUGGAACAUGAAGACCACGGAGUGCACCAACACGUUCAAAUCUCUGGGGACGUCUGCCGGUACGGACAUCACGGUUAACAACGUGAUCCUGCUUCCGAAAAACCCUGAACAUUUCGUGGUUUGUAACCGAUCCAACACUGUGGUCAUUAUGAACAUGCAGGGUCAGAUUGUGAGGAGUUUCAGCUCUGGUAAAAGAGAAGGAGGUGAUUUCGUGUGCUGUACCCUGUCACCACGUGGAGAAUGGAUCUACUGUGUAGGAGAGGACUUUGUGCUUUACUGCUUCAGCACGGUCACAGGAAAACUCGAGAGAACCUUGACUGUUCAUGAGAAGGACGUCAUCGGUAUCGCCCACCACCCACAUCAAAAUUUGAUUGCCACAUACAGUGAGGAUGGACUGCUCAAACUCUGGAAGCCAUAAUGUCACGAUCAUGUGACUUCUGCAUGGGGUUUCUGAUUGGUUGGGGCUAGCAGGAAAGCACGAUUAGAUGUGUUCGACUUUGCACGCUGAUCCAAGAACCGACAGGCGGAUGACAUUAAAGUAUCUCAAGUGUGAUUUGGAAGCAGUCGACUCCAUUUGAUUUCUCGUAUCGCCCUCGCAGUACUUGGAUGUCAUCCGCUGAUCUUGCAGUGCUUUAAUAAGUCAAACACACUUGUUAUCUUUCCUACCUUUUAUGCCAUUUUUUUUUUUUUGUACAUAACCUGUUUUUUAGUGCAGUGAAAAAUCUUUCGUUUUUCUACAAAUUUUCAAAUUUAAAAGAUUAGAUUUUUUUUAACGUCUGUGUAACUUAUGUUGUAACAAACUUUUGUUCUUUAGAUCUACCACCAAAUGAUUCCUUUCCAUUAAAUGUCUCAACUUUACAA